CCGAUCGAAUAUUAACCAAGAGCCAAUUUCCCUCCAAAUUGAAGGCGUUUAGGGAUAGUCUUAGCAGUUCCACGGCGGGGUUUUGGUCAGAGAAAUCCUUUUUCUUUUCCCUUCUCUCCACUUCCCUGAACUCUCAUUAUCCUCAACAGUCACACAAUGGCAUCGUCGUCUUCCUCCGCCGGUAGCAGCACUAGCGGCUACGACAUUCCAUGGGUGGAGAAGUACAGACCCAACAAAAUCGCCGACAUCGUUGGCAACGAGGAUACUGUCUCCCGCCUUCAAGUCAUCGCUCGCGACGGCAACAUGCCUAACCUCAUCCUAUCAGGUCCUCCUGGAACUGGUAAAACUACAAGUAUACUGGCUCUUGCACAUGAGCUUUUGGGACCAAAUUAUAGGGAGGCUGUUCUGGAGCUGAAUGCUUCAGAUGACAGGGGUAUAGAUGUUGUGAGGAACAAAAUCAAGAUGUUUGCACAAAAGAAAGUGACACUCCCUCCUGGACGACACAAACUUGUAAUUCUCGAUGAAGCUGAUAGCAUGACAUCUGGAGCGCAACAAGCCCUGAGGCGCACUAUGGAAAUAUAUUCAAAUUCCACUCGUUUUGCCCUUGCAUGCAACACUUCUUCUAAAAUCAUUGAGCCUAUUCAGAGUAGAUGUGCGCUGGUUCGGUUUUCAAGAUUAUCCGAUCAAGAGAUACUUGGUCGUCUCAUGGUAGUAGUUGAAGCAGAAAAGGUUCCAUAUGUUCCUGAAGGCCUUGAAGCUAUUAUAUUCACUGCUGAUGGAGAUAUGAGGCAAGCUUUGAAUAACUUGCAAGCUACUCACAGUGGAUUCCGGUUUGUCAACCAGGAAAAUGUUUUCAAGGUCUGUGAUCAGCCUCACCCAUUGCAUGUGAAGAAUAUGGUUCGCCAGGUGAUUGAGGGAAAAUUUGAUGAUGCUUGUUCUGGUCUAAAACAGCUGUAUGAUUUGGGCUAUUCUCCCACUGAUAUAAUUACAACCCUUUUUCGUAUCAUAAAGAAUUAUGACAUGGCUGAAUAUUUGAAAUUGGAGUUCAUGAAGGAAACUGGGUUUGCCCAUAUGAGAAUCUGUGAUGGUGUAGGUUCCUAUCUUCAGCUGUGUGGCCUUUUGGCUAAGCUUGCCCUAGUUCGCGAAACAGCCAAAGCAUCAUAAGACAGCAGUUAUUUUCUGUUUUAGUAUUGCAGUAAUUGGAGUAGUUUGAUGUAAACAUCAGUUCUUUUUGGAUGUUCAGAAGGGUUCUUUAGGGUGGAAUCCAUUUUGUGGUAACUUCUGACUCAAGUGAAAACUAUAGAAACAGUAAGCGAUAAAAUAUUUAUAAUGCUGCUUUUUAAUUGCUUUUGUAAAGGGUUCUUGAGACGAAGCUUGUACUUGCUUUUGUGAAGUGUUCUUGAGAUGGAUAGUUUUUGAGGAGUCACCUUA